UUAAUUCUCACCGCCGCCUGCGUCUUCUCCCUCUCCACUACGCUACAAUUGUUCCUGCGGUUACGACUUCGUCUUCGUACUGUAGUGCGCUCGUCGCUGCUGACUUCGUCGAUUCGAUCGGGCGCUGGGAUCUCGAGGGUUCUGCCUUGGCGGAGGAGGGUAGGGGAAUCAUGGAGGAUUGAUGUAGGCCGGCGAUAGAGUCGAUCGGGCGAUAGCGGCGGGAGGAUGGACAUAACGGAGGUCUCGAUCUUGCAUCACAUCGCGUUGAUUCUGUUGCUGCUCUGCGGUCUCGUGCGGUUGGGUUGGGCUCACCCGGUGGUCUUCCUCGUGUCGUUCUUCUACCUCUACGCGGUCAAUGCUCGCUAUACCUUGAGACUGCAGAAACGUUUACAAUUCGAAGAAAGAAAAUAUGCUAAUCAGCGAAGACUUCUCUCUGAUACAGAAUCAGUUAGAUGGUUGAAUUAUGCUGUCGAGAAGAUAUGGCCAAUCUGCAUGGAACAAAUUGCAUCCCAGCAAUUCCUCUUGCCUAUCAUACCCUGGUUUCUAGACAAGUUCAAGCCCUGGACAGCUAAGAAGGCAGUUAUGCAGCAUCUUUACUUGGGUAGGGCCCCACCUAUGUUCACGGAUAUUAGAGUUCUUCGAGAAUCAGUAGAUGAUGAUCACCUGGUUCUGGAGUUAGGGAUGAACUUUCUUUCAGCAGAUGACAUGAGUGCAAAACUUGCAGUACAACUAAGGAAAAGGCUGGGAUUUGGCAUAACAGCAAUGAUGCAUAUAACAGGCAUGCAUGUAGAGGGAAAGAUUCUUGUAGGAGUCAAAUUUCUUCGGCAAUGGCCAUUUAUUGGGCGAGUUAGGAUAUGCUUUGCAGAGCCCCCAUACUUCCAGAUGACUGUAAAACCCAUAUUCGGGCAUGGACUAGAUGUCACUGAAAUACCUGGGAUUUCAGGAUGGCUGGACAAACUGCUUGAUGUUGCAUUUGGGCAGACAUUGGUUGAGCCAAACAUGCUGGUUGUUGAUGUGGAGAAAUUUGUUUGUGCCACUGAAGAAGAAUGGUUUACUGUGAAAGAAAAGCAUCCUAUUGGAUAUGUGAAAUUGGAGAUGUUAGAGGGUGCGGAUAUGAAACCAGCUGACCUGAACGGACUUUCUGAUCCAUAUGUCAAAGGAAAACUUGGUCCUUACAAAUUCCAAACAAAAAUUCAAAGGAAAACAUUGUCCCCAAAGUGGCAGGAAGAGUUUAAGAUCCCCAUCAGUUCAUGGGAGUCGCAAAAUUUACUUAGCCUUCAAGUUCGUGACAAGGAUACCAUUUUCGACGACAUGCUUGGAAAUUGUUCAGUAAGCAUCAAUCAGUUGAGGGGUGGACAAAGGCAUGAUAUGUGGUUGGCACUGCAGAAUAUCAAAAUGGGUAGGAUCCACUUAGCAAUAACAGUGAUUGAAGAAGAUUUACAAAAGGAGAAUAGCCAUAAAAAUCUCAGUGACAAUGAAAUAUCUAAAGCUACAGAAGAAGUGCCAAGCAAAGCAGCAGAUGAGAACGUUGAAAAUAUUGGUGAUGGAGAACAUCCUAAAAUGACUGAUGACUUUGAGGCCAUCGAUGUUCAGGGGCAAGAAAAGACAGGGGUUUGGGUACACCGUCCAGGUUCCGACGUUUGCCAAAAAUGGAAGCCACGAAAAGGGCGUGCGAGGCAACCUGAUACCAAAGUCCUUCGGCAAGAGAUCGCAAGCAAUAAAAGCCCAACUUCAUCACCAUCCUCUGGGUCUCAUGAUAGUGACUCUGAUAGCGAUGCAGCCACUGAUGGAAAGAAGGUUCGUCUUAAAGGGAUCAGAAAGGGCCUGCACAAGUUGGGCUCAAUGUUCCACCGAAGUCCAAGGCAAAGUUCUAAAGACGAUCAAAAGGAUGCUUCUUGCGCACCUACCACUCCACAUGUUAAUAUACCCCCAUUGGGGGAGAAGCGGACUUCGGUGAAGAUUGUGGUGUCGGACGAAUACGACGAAAAGAGUCCAGAGCUGGGAGAAGGCAGCACCAAGGUGAAUGAGGUAGAAAGCCCGGGAAAAAGUAGCAGUGUUCAAACUCCUAAGAACCUCAUGAGCAAGAGUUUUAAGAGCAUGCUUAGUAGGAAGGAUUCCAGCAGGCUCCGGGUAUCGGGAGUCGAAGACGAUGAUGCUUUGGUGGAUGAUCACCUAGUAAUUCCUGGAUCGCCGAUAGAUAAAGAUUUUGUGAAUGCCAAUGCCAAUGCUGCAGUAGAGGGAUCUGUUCAAACAAGAUAGGAUGGUUAUGUGUAGUGUGCGUGUUGAUUUUGCCAAUGUACGUGUUGUAUACUGUACAGUGAUAGAGUUUGUGUGUUGUCAGUCAGAUAAUAAUCGUUGAAAGAGUCUUUGUAUCAUUGUUCUUUUUCUGUCUCUGUAUUCUGUUGAAUUUUGUAUUUCUCGUCAGUGUAUAUCAUUGAACCCUCAAAUUGAAUACGGCUUUGCACGAAGUAAAUUUUUAAAAUUA